AUGCUACUGCCUAGCCGCUGGAGGGAAACACCUCCCUUUGAUCAGAAACAUGUGGCCAUUCAGGGUUUAGAGCCCCCGGGGGGGAUGGCCUCUGAUGCUUUGACAACAUGUGGUAGCAGCCAGUUCCAGUGUGGGAACGGGAAAUGCAUCACGGCCAGAUGGGUGUGUGACGGCUCAGAUGACUGCAGCGACGGCACCGAUGAACUCCCCGGUACCUGCAUGGCCAGAACUUGUAGGCCGACAGAGUUCAGCUGCACGGACCGCCUUAACCAGUGUAUACCGAGCUCCUGGCGCUGCGAUGGAAAAGCCGACUGUGAGAAUGGAGCUGAUGAAGACAGCUGUGCGCCGAAGCAGUGCACAGGCACCGAGUUCCGCUGCGGGAACGGCCAGUGCGUGUCGUCCUCCUUCGUGUGUGACGACGAGGCCGACUGCGACGACGGGAGCGACGAGGUCUCGUGCCCCGUCGCCAGCUGCAGCCCCGGGUCCUUCCAGUGCAACAGCACCGCCUGCGUCCCCCGCCUGUGGAGCUGCGACGGCGAUGUCGACUGCCCCGACGGCUCCGACGAGUGGCCCCAGAACUGCGGUACCAAGGCGCCCGACUCCGCUCCCGCCCAUCAGUGCUCGUCCCUGGAGUUCCGCUGCGGCAACGGAGAGUGCAUCCACGGCAGCUGGAAAUGUGACGGAGGAGCCGACUGCCUGGACCAAUCAGACGAAGCUGAGUGUGCACGUCCCACUUGCCGUCCUGACGAGUUUGAGUGCGGCGAUGGCACGUGCAUCCACGGCAGCCGCCAGUGCGACCAUCAGCACGACUGCAGGGACAUGAGUGAUGAGGCUGGCUGCGUCAACGCCACCCAAUGCGAGGGCCCGACCAGGUUUAAGUGCCGCAGCGGGGAGUGUAUCAGCAUGGAGAAGGUGUGUGACAAGCACCGGGACUGCAGGGAUUGGUCAGAUGAGCCUCUUAGGGAAUGUGGCUUCAAUGAGUGCCUGUACAAAAACGGAGGCUGCUCGCAUAUUUGCAAUGACCUGAAGAUUGGCUUCGAGUGCCUGUGUCGUCCUGGAUUUCACCUGGUGGACACGAAGCGCUGUGAAGAUAUCGAUGAGUGUGCCAACCCGGACACCUGCAGCCAGAUCUGCAUCAACCUGAUCGGCAGUUACAAGUGCCAGUGUGAGGAGGGUUACCAGGUCGACCCGGCAACCAAAGCCUGCAAGGCCAUCGGUACAAUCGCCUACCUUUUCUUCACCAACCGUCACGAAAUCCGAAAAAUGACUUUGGACAAAAGUGAGUACACCAGAGUGAUCCCCCGUCUGAAGAACGUCGUGGCUCUCGACAUGAACGUGGCCACCAAAGAGAUCUACUGGUCGGACAUCUCCCAGAAGAAGAUCUACAGAGCUCAGAUGGACUCGGCCGAAGACCCCGCUCACCACAGCGUGUUGAUCUCCAGCGGCAUCGAUGCCCCUGAAGGCAUCGCGUUCGACUGGAUCCACGGUAACCUGUACUGGACGGACAGCAUCCGCAGCAGCGUCAGCGUGGUGACAGCUGACGGCAGCCGCCGCAAGACUCUCUUCCACCAAGGCUUGUCCAAACCUCGCGGGAUUGUGGUCGACCCCCACAGCAACUUCAUUUACUGGACCGACUGGGGGAAUCCCGCUAAGAUCGAGAAGGCAGGUCUCAACGGAGGAGACCGCACCGCUCUGGUCACUGACAACAUUGUGUGGCCAAAUGGAAUCUCACUCGACCUGGUGAACCAGCGGCUCUACUGGGUGGACUCUAAGCUGCACACCCUCUCCAGUAUCGACGUGCAGGGCGGGGGGCGACGCACCAUCAUCGUUGAUGAGCACAGGCUGGCUCACCCACUGGGCCUCACUGUGUUUGAGGAAAAAGUGUUCUGGACAGACGUCAGUAACAACGCCAUCCUCAGUGCAAACCGGCUGACGGGUGAAGACAUCACGCCAGUGGCAGAGCACCUGACAUCCCCAGAAGACAUCGUUCUCUUCCAUAACCUCAAGCAAACCGCUGGGAGGGAUUGGUGCCAGGUGUCCGGCUGUACAUUCUUGUGCCUGGCAGCUCCUCAAGUGGGUAGACAUCCCCCCAAAUACACCUGCGUCUGUCCCGAUAACAUGAUGUUAGCCAGGGAUAUGAGGACGUGUGUACCUGCUGUUCCAACACCUGCAGCUCCCGUGCAGCCUCAUGUUCCAGCAACCGACCCCCCUCGUCGGCCACCAGUGCCAGCUAGCACCACGCCUAAGCCCCUGGUCCGAACCACGCCUAAGCCCCUGGUCCAAACCACGCCUAAGACCCUGGUCCGCACCACGCCUAAGCCCCUGGUCCGCACCACGCCUAAGCCCCUGGUCCGCACCACGCCUAAGCCCCUGGUCCGCACCACCACAGUGCCCGUCAUUAUCACCAGCCCUGCUGCCAAGCUGGUGCCAAGCACCAUCGAGCCUCCUGUAAGGACCACCACACCUGAGCCAAGGACCGCGUCACCCCAGCCUUUGAAACCUAAAAUUCUCCAGACCACGACAGAGACUCCGGUCACCUCUCCAGAUUUUCAUCAUGAAUUAGCUGCAGCUGUCCCCAACCCUGCCUCCGACGCCCCGAUAGCUCUGUACAUCGCAUUACCUCUGGCGAUCGUCUGUCUGGUGGCUGCUGGUGCCGUGCUGCUGUGGAGGAACUACAGGCUGAAGAACACCAACACCAUUCACUUCGACAACCCCGUCUAUCAGAAGACAACUGAGGACCAAGUGCACAUCUGGAGGAGCUACAGCCUCGACGGGUACUCCUACCCAAAAAGACAGAUUGUGAGCUUGGAUGAAGAGGCGGACAAUCCCGCCUUCGCAGACAACUGAAGUACAUCAAGUCGAGGCUCCGUGAUAAGCUACCUUGGACGUCCUUUUGUAUUUUUACCUCACACGGCACAAAGAUAAGGAAUUCAAAGCCAGUGUCAGAACCACUAUAUCCUCAGAGACGAACAAACGCUCGACAGUGGGGGAAAAAAACAGGGUCCAACACAUUUUUGUUUUUUUUUCCUCAUCAAGUUUACAAGUUUACAAUCCAUUCCUCAUCAAAUCAUAUCAAGUCAGCAGAAGAUGAAGGAUUCCUCAAUUCACCUUUUUUACUCGUUAUCCUAACUGUGUGAUAAAACUGGAGAACAGGUCACUGUUAAAGGGGCCGUACUCGAAAUACAGA